CGCGGUGCGAGUCACCUGACGGUUGUGUGGUUGCAGCCAGCGGGUUCAGCAUUUGAUACACGGGAUUGGAAAUAAUCACAAAACAAACCAUAAUUUCAGGCCAAGAAACUAAGACAUUUUCCGGUAAAUCCGUUCUCGGUUUGCCCUCGCUUGCACAAUGAGUGCCUGCACCCCUAAAUCGCUGGCUUCGUCUGGACAAAAACCCAUUCAGGAGAUGUGCCAUCCGCUCGGAGCCGAGGAGGCAGUUCUCACACCCAGUCCAGAUGUCAGAAACAUCACUAGCAGCAUUGGAGAAAAGGACCAAAUUCUGCCCAAUGGGACGCCGGUAGAGACAUCUAGUCCCUCCUCCUCGUCCUCCCUCCUGAACCGGCUGCAGCUGGAUGACGACCUGGAUGGAGAAACACGUGACCUCUUCGUCACCGUCGACGACCCGAAGAAACACGUCUCCACCAUGGAGACCUACAUCACCUACAGAGUGGUCACUAAGACAACGCGGGUGGAGUUUGACCUACCAGAGUACACCGUGAGGAGACGCUACCAGGACUUUGAUUGGCUCAGGACCAAGUUGGAGGAUAGUCAGCCUACACAUCUCAUACCACCCCUCCCUGAGAAGUUUGUGAUGAAGGGGGUGGUGGACCGGUUCUCUGAGGAGUUUGUUGAGACGAGGAGGAAGGCUCUGGAUAAGUUCCUGAAGAGAGUGGCUGACCAUCCUGUCCUGUCGUUCAACGAACACUUAAACUCCUUCCUCUCUGCCAAGGACCUGAAUAAGAGACAAGGCCUAGCCCUGCUCUCUAAGAUGGGGGAGUCUGUGAAGUACGUGACCGGAGGGUACAAGCUGAGGGGUCGACCCGUGGAGUUUUCUGCUAUGGGAGACUACCUGGAUAUGUUCACACAGAAGCUGGGUACUAUCGACAGGAUAGCACAGAGAAUCAUCAAAGAACAGUCUGAGUACCUAGCAGAGCUGAAGGAGUACGGUCCAGUCUACACCACCUGGGCGGCGUCGGAGGCAGAGCUACAGGGGCCUCUGGAGGGCGUGGCCAGCUGCAUGGCUAACUGCUCCAUCGCCCUGGACGAACUCACCCAGGAUAUGAGCGGAGACUUCCUGCCCGUGCUCCGAGAAUACGUCCUCUAUAUCGAGUCCAUGAAGGCUGUUCUGAAGAAGAGGGACAACGUCCAGGCAGAAUAUGAGGCCAAACUGGAAGCUGCUGCGCUCCGGAAAGAAGAGAGACCAACAGCCAAGGUGCCUACAGAUGUGGAGAAGUGCCAGGACAGAGUGGAGUGUUUUAACGCUGACCUGAAGUCAGACUGGGACCAGUGGCAGAACAACAAGACACAAGACUUCAGACAGUUACUCACUGGCAUGGCAGACCACAACAUCCAGUACUAUGAGAAGUGCCUUGCAGUGUGGGAGUCUGUCAUUCCAGUAUUACAGGACAAGCAGCCACAGGAGACGGAAACAGAGGAAGACUGACACGGCCAGCUCCCCUUAGGAGCACAUUGGAAAGUGGACAUAACAUCUCAAACACUUCUCUACCCGAGUUACCAGUGUCACACACAGACACAGAUACUCUCGACGGGAGAUUAACAAAGGAAAUGGGCUUUUGGGUCUUCAGACUGAAGAUUUCCUUUUUUUAGUUUUGGUGUUUCUAUUUGUGAAACCCAGUCAGUCGGAAUGUCCCAUCCUGCCUGCUGGGCAUUGUUUCACGUCAGGUAGCGCAACGGCCGCCUGCACUGAUCUGUCGGAUAACUUGCAAACACUCAUGGGAUAGCUAAAAAGAAGUUUGGCCGCAAUAUGCUGUUCUAACAUUCGGGAAUGUUACAAAGGUGACAUCGUCUGCUUAAAAGCCUCUACAUCAUCUGAAAGAGUCCGAGUUAAUCUGACCAGAAAUAUCACCCUGGAGUCAGAUUUAAUCUGACCAGAAAUAUCACCCUGGAGUCAGAUUUAAUCUGACCAGAAAUAUCACCCUGGAGUCAGAUUUAAUCUGACCAGAAAUAUCAACCUGGAGUCAGAUUUAAUCUGACCAGAAAUAUCAACCUGGAGUCAGAUUUAAUCUGACCAGAAAUAUCACCCUGAAGCUAAUAAAUCUUCACUACCUAAUUCUACAUCUAACGAAGGUGUUAUGUGGUUGGAAGAAUCAGUAUUUAUGUAGCUAGUGUCUGCUUGCUGGCUGUACCAGUCUCAAAUCAAUCCAUAACGAAAGGCAGGGAUGCUAACAAUGCCAGUUCACACACACACACUCAAUGCUGAAUAAUCCUAGUAAAUUCUAGCUAAUGAGCACAAAUGAGUUGUCAUGACAUCUUGUUCUGCUGUGAUUUAGUUCUACAGCACAGCUGAAUGUAGCAAGGCACACUGCCAGCUGUCAGAGUCAGACACCUGCUGAUUUCUGAGAACAGUCCCAGAACUUUGGUGCCUUACAAGCUGGCAAACUAUCUACCGUAUGGCCAUUCAAACAAGCCCUGCACUCGGCUGCUAACUGGAGUUUACUCAAGUGAUUGGUUUCCGCAGUAUACAGUGUGUCAUAGAUACAGAGAGAGAGAGAGUUAUUUUCAGAAUUAGGAACUAGAAUUAGGCAGAAGAGCAAAAUCAAGAUUAUUAGAGAUGUGUUCCACGUCCUACGUGACAGAUCGGUUGAGGGAUGAGCCCCCCCGUAGGAGUGACGCUAUCUGACGUGAGACAAUGGCCUGCUGGGAAGAGCCAUGGAGCAGAGUGGAUGGUUCUCUCUCUCUCUCCCUCUACUCUCUCUACUCUGUCUCUACUCUGUCUCUCUCACUCUCUCUCUCUCUCUCCUCUCUCUCUACUCUGUCUCUCUCCCCCUCUCUCUACUCUGUCUCUCUCCCCCUCUCUCUCUCACUCUUACUCUCUCUCUCUCACUCUUACUCUCUCUCUCUCUCUCUCUUACUCUCUCUACUCUCUCUCUCACCCUUACUCUCUCUCUCUUACUCUCUACUCUCUCUACUCUCUCACUCCCCCUCUACUCUCUACUCUGUCUCUCUCUCUCCCUCUCUCUACUCUCUCUCUCUCUACUCUCUCUCUCUACUCUGUCUGUCUGGAAGCCCUCUUCUGUACCUUGUUGCACACCAAAAUAGCCUGGGUUGUAUUCACUAGAAACCAAACAGAAGAAAACAGACUACCUGAACUUGUCCAAAAAAGAAACUCAUUUUUGUUGCUGAACGCUUUCCGUGUGUUUAACGUUUUGCUACGUUGUGCACUAAUGAACACGACCCUGAUACCGUAGACAGGCUGUCCUAUAGAAGCGUCCUGUCCCACCGACCAGCCAAAGGAUUAGCGAAUGUAGAGACCAAACUAAUAUUAGGGUGUCCAAAACACCCUUUGGUGAUGAAGUUUCUCUUUCUUAUGUUUUAUAACACAUUUUACCGAGACAAAUACGAUUAUUUAUGUUCUGACUCGUUCAGUGGGGUUUUCUUUAACAUUAUAUCAGAAAGUAGGAUUUUUUUUGUAACCUAAUAUCUGAUGAUAACCACCUGGCUCUGUUGACGUUGCACGUUUCUCCCAACAACUUUUGAGGAUUUGACAUUUUGUCGUCGUCGUCGUCUUCAAAGUUGUUUCCGCGUGUGACACAAAAAAAAAAAAAAAAGCCAAAUUUGACACGAGCUGAAUUAAAAUGUAAAAGGCUUGAAAAUGAAUCGCUCGGUGCUCUGUACACAUUUCACAGAGAAACACUUUGUUUUGUUUUUUUGUGAGAAAGCUUUGAAAAAAGAACAGGAAUUUUUGAGUGAAAAUGUCACAUCUCAAAAUUGAUAUUUAUGUUACAUCUAGAUUUGUUUUAUGUUGAUUUGAGAAGAGUUCAACGGGAAAGGGAUCCUGCCAGUUUAGCUGAUUCAAUGCUAUUUUACAGAUUGUUUUUUUCUACACAAUUAACAUUAUUAUACCGAUUGGUCAAAAGAUGUGUUUUUGAUUGGAAAUAUGUUUCUUUUCUGUUAGGUUGUAUGUAGUCUGUUGAGAACGGUUGGUUGCCAAUUAUAUUUUUUUGUAAACAAUGCAGGUGUUUUGAUGGUCUUUGAUGCCCAAAGCCCUUGAAGAGUCCAGCAGCAUCUUCAUCAUGUUUUUUAUCAUGUUGUUGAAGCACUAACAGAACCAGCUGUCCAGGAGAGGAGAGCAGCAAUCCUCUGGCCAAAGAGGAAACCUACCUGACAUACUGGCUAACAUACUGUCUAACAUUUCCUGGUUGGUGGUCUGACUCCCACACCUGUUCACUAGGAACCAAACGUAAGCAAACAGGCUGCUCACACAGGAUUUGAUUCUGGGGUGCCAAGAUUACACCACACCAUACCAGACUCUUCCUCCUGUGCCCAAUAGCCUUGGUGAUGAGGUCGAAGGUUAACUGGUAUGAAUCCAUGUUAGCGUCCCAAAUACCCCUCCUAUCUAGUGUGCUACUGUUGACCAGGAUUCUGGUAGUGCAAUAUAUAUAUAGGAAAUAGGAUGCAAUUUGGGACGCACCAUGUAGUGCCAAAUCGUGUUGGACUGCCUCCUCCCUCUUCCUCCCUCCCCUAUCCACUGUUAUGUAACACAGUGUGGUUGUUGACAUUGAUUUUGAUGAUAUCUCUGUUCACUACUCAGCUAUCUGCAACAAUAAUAAUAAAUAAAUAUUUCUGAGCACCUCACGACAUUAAGGACAUAUUGAACCUCUUAAGAAAACAUAUUUUUCCAUCUCAGGCAAGAAAAGCCCUGUCAUUAUCAGCCAUUUUCUUCUGAUAUGGACACGAUUUGUCCUUUUAUGGACACUGUGGAAGUUGUCUGGAUGUGAUUAUAACAUACACUUGUAAUAAAAUUAAUAUUUCACAUGUCAA